AUGCUCUCUCUGCCGUGCACGGCCCCUCUGCACCCCGCGCUGCGUUUUGGCCCGGAAGUUCCGCGUGUUCUGCGAGCCUGCCCGGAGACUCGGGCUCGGUCGACCACGAGAAGGCCCGGUUCAGGCCGUUUGGGCAGGCACCCCGUUGACAGGCGCUCUUCCGCGCGCUCCCCCGCAACCCGACGCGGCUCCGUCGUCAUGGCGGCCGCAGCGGCCCCUGCGUCCACCGGGGAGGCCCUCAUCGUCAUCGACAUGCAGAACGACUUCUGCCUGCCCGACGCCAUCUUGCGCGUGAACGGGGCGAUGGACUGCCUGCCCCAGGUGGUGGCCGCGGUCGAGGAGGCGCGCCGUCGUGGGACGCCGGUGUUCUGGGUCAUUCGCGAGCACGAGCCCUCCGGAAUCGACGUCGAGCGAACGCGCACGCAUCUCUUCCCCCCCCACGGCCCUGGAGCGACGGUCAAGGGUACGCCCGGCGCGGCGCUGGUGUCCCCGCUGGCGGUCGCUGACGGGGAGCUCGUGGUGGUCAAAAAACGCUUCUCCGCGUUCUUCCAGACGCCGCUGGACGUCAUGCUGCGGCGCCUCGGCACGCGCAGAGUCGUGCUGUGCGGCGUCCAGACGCCCAACUGCAUCCGCUCCGCUGCGUUCGACGCGGUGAGCCUGGACUACGAGCAGGUGACGGUGCUGCACGACGCCACCGCGUCCAAGUCGGACGAGGUGCAGAAGGCGAACCUGGAGGACAUGGCGGCGAUCGGGGUGGAGAUCGUCGCCGUGUCCGACUGGAGCGCGGAGAAGAAGAAGUAG